AUGAAGUUGUUGGCAAAUAGGCUUGACAUUCAUCGUUUUUCAGAAGUGCCUAAAUAUUAUGUGCAACCAGCAGAAUCGAGAGCUGAUAAAGUGAUGAUGGUGAAGAAUGAUAGCAUACCCAUCAUUAAUCUUGGAGGACAUGAUCGUGCUCAUAUCAUCAACCAAAUUUUGAAAGCCUCUCAAGAAUAUGGCCUUUUUCAGGUGAUUAACCAUGGAGUUUCCAAAAAACUAAUGGACGAAACAAUGAACGUUUUUAAAGAAUUUCAUGGCAUGCCAGCUGAAGAAAAGAAAAUUCAGUGCUCUAAGGAUCCUGAUGGAAAAUUCAAGGUCUACACAAGUACUAAUUAUUUUCCAAAUAAAACAAGAAAAGACGGUGAAGUUGAAUGUUGGAAGGACACAUUCUUACAUCCUUGUCCUACUUCGGCAGAAAACAUGAACUACUGGCCUGACAAACCACACAAAUACCGUGAAAUUGUUGGUGAGUACACUAGAGGAUUGCAUGCACUAGCCCACAAAAUCCUAGAGAUGCUUGGUGAAGGUUUAGGAGUAGCCCCAAAAUAUAUCUAUAAUAAAAUGGGUGAGACUCCAACAAUUGUAGCACAACACUACCCAGCUUGCCCUGAUCCAAGUGUCACUUUGGGGAUUCCUAAGCACCGUGAUCCUUCUCUUGUUACAAUUCUGCUUCAAGAAGAACAGGUUCAAGGGCUUCACCUUGAGAAAGAUGGUCAAUGGAUUGCCGUUGACCCUAUUCCCAAUGCUUUUGUGGUUAACAUUGGUUUCAUCUUGCAGCUAAUGACUAAUGGAAAGGUUGUUGGUGGAAUUCACCGUGCUGUGACAAAUUCAAAAACUGCACGAACAAGUGUUGUUUAUCUAAUCUACCCAUCACCUAAAGCUAUUAUUAAACCUGCUGAAGAAUUUGUGAAUGAAAAAACUCCAACACUUGGUAAGUUUAUGAACUUUGAAGAUUUCCAUGCUUAUUACGUUAAGAACGGUAUGAAAACUGAAGAGGAGUACUUCAAGAUCAAGCCAUAA